AUGAAGCUGUCGGGUCUGUUUCAGAGCUCUAAACCCCUGGUGACCGCGCUGUAUAUUCUGCUGGUGACUAUUGGACCAACCUCGGCAGGGGAUGUCGACCCAUCUCCAUCGACUACUAUUAUCGAUAUCUUAUCAGCAUCGCCAGAAUAUUCGAUUCUACUGCAUUAUUUACAGAAACAUGGGUUGGUCAAUCUGAUAAACCAGUCACGAAACUCGACUCUGCUGGCUCCAGUGAAUAGUGCUUUCUACCAGCUGGAAGAAGACGGUGCUACUGUCACCAAGGACCUGCUGCUAUAUCAUUUCCUGAAUGGAACGGUGGUUUCUGACAAUGUGACAUCAGAUGUGGUUCUUCAGAGCCAUCUGAGUAAACGACUGUAUGAAGCGUGGGAUGACGAUGAGGACGAGCAUGACAGGGAAGGUGAGGAAGAGUUGAAAGAUGGUAUUCCCGUUGUCAUUUCUCCUGAUUCCAGUCAUGAUUCUGACGACGAUGGUAUUGGUCUCAAAGUAAACGGCCAGGCCACUGUCGUUGAGUUGGAUCAGAUGGCCGGUUAUCAUCGAGGCGUAGUUCAAGGUGUUGACAGCUUACUUUCGAUCCCGCCCACUCUGUGUGAAGUCAUUGAAGCGAAAUCUAGGAAACAUAGCUUUUUCAGUGAACUUUUCUCAUUAGAAUACAACUGUGAUUCUUCUCGGAAAAAGCAGACUAAGCUAAGAAAGAAUCUUGUCACAUUACUAGUGCCCAAUGACAAUGCCUUUGACAAGUUUAUCGACGUCGAAAAGGACUAUCUAUUAUCCGCCAGUGCCAAAGCCGACCGAGAAAUCCUGAUUAAUCGACACACUAUCGAUCAUUUAUUAAAGCCUCAAGCUAUACAGACCUCUAUCGAGCCUCGACACCGCUCGGAAAGAAGUUCUGGAGAAAUGACUGCCGUCACUGCUGAUGGGACUGUCCUUAAAUUUGAUCGCGACUAUAUCAUCAACUCGACUUUCAACCCCGACGAAGUAAACAUAUUGACCCGUGAUGGCAUCAUCUAUACCUACGAUUCUUUGCUGUCCACUCGUCAAGAUGCAUCUUCAAAGGUGGUUGAAUUCAACCCUGAAAAGUACUUGCAUGGCCUUGGUGCAGACCUGUUUGUCGAGGAAACGUAUCUGCGAGGACUUCAGUCUCUUAUUGACGGAACUGAAACCGAACCUCAAUCCAUUUUUGUGUAUCCCAUCGGCACCAGUGAAACUAAUAGUCACCCCAAUAUCAAAUACCAUAUUGUCAAAGGAGCUAAUGCCCUCGAAGAUCUCGACACCCGUGGAACAUAUCUGCUAACGUCAAAACUAUCAUCUCAUCGAAUGGGGGACUACUACCAGAAAAUCAAGGCAAUAGUAUCUUCUGAAGGCACCAUUAGCCUGAAUUCUCAACUGGUGCUCACUUCAGAUUAUAAUGUUGGUAACACUUCGAUCUACCUGUUAGAGGGCGAUCUAGACGUGCCUCCAUCUCUUGCCUUUGCAUUAGGACCCUUUUUUCAGUCCUCAUUUUCAGUAGCUUUUCUCGAGUCGACAGGACUGAUCUCUCCACCCAAGAACGAUCCCCCAAGAACGUACCUCGUCCCCUCACGUCGAGCUUGGGAAAACCAGAUUCUGCUAAAACUUUAUCUUCAAUCCAACCAUACUGCUCUCAGAGCUGUUUUUGAGUCGCUUAUUUUUGAGACUCCUGUGUACAGUAACGAAAAACCAAGAGUCGUUGAGUCUUUGGACGGCACCAAGUCCAAGCUCAGCGUAUUUAGUGGUGGUGAGGGUCGCCAUAACGGCCCAUACAUCGCACGUGUCAAUAACACUUCCUAUGACAUUGAUGCUGAAGACAUUCUAUUCAACUCGGGUGUUGCCCACUCUAUCGACCAAUUGUCCAUUCCAAAGCACGUCGAGGUUUCUCCACAUGAUCUCAUUAUUGCUGGUGACAGAAAAGACUUUGUAGACCUAUUAAAAGCAAGAAACAUGUCCCACAUUCUGGAUCGCAAUGAAAGUUAUACUAUCCUGGUCCCGAACAUGGACCAACUCGCUGAUAACGGCUACUAUGCCAACUCCAGCAAAACUGACAGACUACUAUCUCUCCAUAUCCUCCCCGACAACCCCAUCAAUACCCUGUUUGCUGGAGAAGCUAUUCCAACUUUGGAUGAGGAUGUCCAACUUUCUGGUCGCAAUGUCACUGAGAACUUCCAUAUCCUCUCUAUCGUGGACGGUACUGGUCAAGAGACAUAUGUUGUAAGCCGUGGCGAUGCUCAAAACCACGAAUUUGGAAAACACUCGACUGUGUUGUUCCUUGACAGAUAUAUCUCGCCUGACUGGGUUCACACACCACUUAUCCGACCUCCAUACAGACUCAAGACCCACGUUGCAAUUCUCAUUGGCGCUGCUUUAGGACUAAUUCUGGCUGCUACCAGUAUCGUCACUUGUCUGUACGCAUUUGUUGGCACCCGUAAAGCCACGGAUCCCGAGAAUGACGAACAUCGGCCUCUUCUACGCGAUCGUACUACCUCUCCUUCAGGACGGAGUACUCGUAGUGCUCGCAGUAACCGCAGUCGCCGUGACAGCAACAACGGUGCCAGCGAUGUUGACGGUACUUCUCCUAAUUCCACCUCCAACAAUUUCUACUCCACUAUAAGUAGCAAUAGCAGCAUCAACCCCAUCGCAACAGGGCAUGUCAACGAGCAUCGUGAGUUUGGCCGCCACCUCAACCUCCCGAGCCCAUAA